AAAAAUAAUUGGACUAUUGAUUUAAUAAACAUUUGUUUGUAAUUAAUUUCAUUUUACAUUACAGAGUUUCGUGUUAGAGGAGAAAACGCUUGAAAAAUAAAAUCCAUAAGCAUAAUUCAUAACGGCCUUUAUACAGCAUGUGGUGGUUAAAUUACGACCCUGGCUCUUCAACAAACAAAAGAUAAACCAUCUCAUAAUCGAUAGGAUAUCCCAGGGUAUUUUCCCACUUAAUCAUGAGUUCACUUUUGAGCAAUCGUCUAAGACCAAUUUUGUUAAUUUCGACUCUGUUCGGUUGCUCGGUUGACAGCAAACGUUCCAAAAUUUGCCGAUUUUUCGCGGCAUUUCUGUUUCUUUGUUUGAACGUCUUUUUCGUACAAUGGGGUAUGUACAUAUCGACGGCAACAUAUUCGAGCUUGUAUCGAAAAGCUAUACACCUUCUUAUGGUAUGUCCGGUAAUCAUCAAUGGAUUAUUUACCUUGUUUACUUGUAUUAUCACACCUGGAUUUGAUGUUGCAUUACUAGGAAGUAAUGUUCAACCAGUGAAAUUAUUAACAGUUUUUGCUCCUUUGUUGUUACACACAUCUCUAAUAAUCAGCGCUCUAGUGAUACAAGUCUUAUUUUCAUUUUACCAAUUGCCGUUAAGUGAAUUUAUAAUAUUUUAUUUCUCCUUGUUUAUCAUCACAAUACAUCAGUACCAAUUCAUUGACUUUUUAAAAAAUAUAUCACAGCAAUGGGAUGUGAUUAUUUCAUCGAUUCACCUUAAAAAAAAGAGCUUUGAUGUGCUUGAAUUUACUAUCAGAGAAGCAGCUAGACUCACUGAUGUUGCAACAGCCAUUAAUGAUGUAUUUUCAAAAGGGAUUGUCAUUUCUUUGCUUCGUUCUUUUAUUCUACUAGUCUUAUCCCUUUAUUGUUUUUUUAUUGAAAUCCAAAUGCAUUUACCAAAACAGGAAGUUAAAAAGCUCUUCGAACAUGGUAUUCAUUUUGUUUUGGUAAUGGUAACGAUGUGGUACGAAAUAUGGCAACAUUUAUCAGCAUGUGAAAGCAUUAUGUACAAGUCAGAAGUUUUCACAUUAGAUCUGUUUACGUUAGCUAUGGAAGAUGGCAUACAUCGCAUAUGUUCUAUGGAAGUUAUAAAAAACCAUUUUGCAUUAAAAAGAAGCAACUGUUUUACUGCCCAUAAUUUUGUAGUUUUAAAUUUUAAACUAGCAAGUGCUAUCAUCAGUUCCUCUACAACUUAUUUAGUAAUACUAAUACAAAAUUCUCCAGACAAUUAAACAAAAAUAAUCUUGGUGAUUGUAAAAACUGGAGAAGAAACACUUGGCACAAGACAAUGACCAGUAAAUAACUAUGUGAUUUAUUUAUACAAUAUUUUUGACAUUAACUAUUAGGUUGAAUUUUCUAGCUAUUUCCGCAUAAACAAUUGAAUUUAAUAUUGGGUUGU